AUGCAAGCCCAGCACGUCCAGGUGGCUCCAGCACAUCUCCAAGCCGCCCACUCCUUGCUGCAACGCCUACCUGAGCAGUUGAAGCAAGAGGCGGUCACAGUUUUGUCGCAACGACUGACUCCCGAAAUCCAGGCUUGGAUUGAGCAGUACGAGCACGCACUCGAUGAUUCCUUGGAGCCAGAGGAGCCACUCUCCGAGGACGAGUGGGAGGACGAGGGUGACGAGGGCGAGGAGGGCGACGAGGAGAAGGAUCAGACGUCGAAGCGGCGGCGUAAGGCGCCACCCGUGCCUGAUGAUGGGUAUCCCAGCCUGUGGGCAGGGAUCAGCCAGGGCAGUAGAGGCUUCAAUGCAGAGGCCAGGCGUGUGUUGAGCGCCUUGCUGCCCGGCGGAGAGCAUGCAUGGUGCUCACCGACUCAAGGCCGGAUCAAGCUGCUGUUGCAGCAGGAGGUUGUUGCAUUGCUUGUGCAUCCCAAAUCUCCGGUUUCCCGUCUCCUGUGCGAUCACAACACUGGCUCUGGCAAGACACUCUGCAUGAUCCGCAUCGUUGACAACUUCUUUUUCGAUGGCCGUGCAAAGAUCGCCAUCUUUCCCAAGGACAGUGUAGUUGACAAUUUUUACACCUCACUGUGGGAGUGGCCAUCGCGCUGGCGCGACUUCUGCAGCCACUGCAAUCCUGAGGUGGCGAAGCUCGCAUGCAACAGCGCUGAUUGGCGUGCCAGGCGUGAUGUUCGUUGGGCUUUAGACGCGUCAGAUGAGCUGAGGGCAUUUGCGCGCAAGGAAGGCUUGAGCAUGCAGCAGGCAAUCAAGCAGAAACUGAUCAAGACCAUGCGGGACUGCUUGGAGAUGAAGCGUGCUUUUUACAAAGGGAAGGUGCGAAAGAGCUACCUUCAGAAGUACUGGGCAGAAGCCACUGAGGACGUACAUCCUCCCACCGCACCGCUGAGAGCCUAUCGCUUCACCUCCGCUGGUGGGCGGGCGGCAGAGGUGGUCGAUGGCGUGCCCAGGGGUUGCAUCUUCAAGGUCGGAUUUGAUGGCGAGAACCCCUACAGUGGAAAAGUGGUGCUGAUGGAUGAGGGCCACCACCUCACUCGCCCCAACAAGGUCUACAAGUCUCAGCUGCAAAGCCUUCGCGGGUACGUCGAGUCGGCUCGCAAUUCCGUCUUCGUGAGCUGCACGGGAUCCAUGGAGGCUGAUUCCAGUGCUGACCCGCGGGCUUUGCUGGAUGCGGUGAAGGGCAAUGAGAACAAAGCGUUGAGCGAUGAAGGCUUCUUGUCAUCGCACCACAAGCGCGGCCUGGGCUUUCCGCGGCAGAGGCCCGCAGCAUGCGCCGACGGGGCUUUUUCGGAGGAGCUCGAUGGGCUCUUGCAGCGGAAGGAGCUCUCGAGCCAUUCCCUCACGCGCUACUUGUAUCAAGCGAUCAGGUUGCAGAAGGAGGAGAAGCCAGAGGAGACCCUGGCCAAUUACACAAACAUUCAUGUCUAUGCCGGCUCUGCAGGUCAGCCAGCUUGCAAGGCUCAGAUCAUGAGGUAUCCGAACUGCCGGCCGAAGUUCACAUUGGCGGUUGCAGAGGUCAUUGCUGCUGCAAAGCAGAGGCAGAAGAGUGUGGUCAUGGUCAGCAAACGCACCGGCUACAAAGCUAUGCUCUGGUUGCUGGAGGCUGCAGCGGAGAAGCACGGCUUUCACGUCGCGGAGUAUGACCAACUGGCGGAUUUCAACAGCACAGACAACAAGUAUGGGAAGAACUUCAUGGUUCUGCUUCUCACAACUGAGCACGGAGGGGAAAGCAUACAAGCGUUCUGUGUACGAGUGAUGCUUCUGCUGGAUGUGCCCACCCGCUAUGCCGACCUGAAGCAGCGCUGCGGGCGUGUGGUGCGCUGCCGAAGCCAUGACGACUUGCCGGAGGCGGACCGGGACGUGCGAUUCGUCUUCUUUGUAGCGGAGAUGCCGGACUAUGGCCAGCAUGAACUGGGAGCAUUUGCACUUUGGGCCCUCUGUGGUUACUGGAACGGCCCAAAGAAGGUCAACUACUCGACCGAGCCUGAUCCCGAGGAGAUUGCGGAGAUCAGCCAGGCCUUCGUCCAGAGCGUGACUGAGAGGCGCCUUCAGAGCAUGGGAGACUUGACCCGGUCACUUCCUCGCAUUGGCAUCUCCAGGCUCAUGGACGAGGUCGCCGAUCCUUCCGAGUACCCCAAGUCGUAUCGCAGGCUGCAGGCUGGACUACAGCAGCUGCUGGAUAGCCCGGGAGCCAUUGCAGAAGUGGCGGAGAUGCUACCCACCACCACCUAUGAUGAACAGAAAGUCGAGGAUCUCGUGCAGCAGAUAGCGGAGAUGGCGCCCGCAUUAGACCGAGUUCGCUGUAGAACCUUCCUUAGCAAUGUGAGACGCUCAGAGAGGCGAAAGAGAGAAAAGGAGGAGCCAGAACUGCCGUACGUAAUUACGAUGGCGGAAUACCCAGAAACUGAUCCCGUGGCCUCGGCGUCUUCUUCGCUGGCGUCACAUUUGGGGUUCGGGCCCCAGGUUCUGAGCUGCGCCAUCGUCUUUGCCUUCCUGGUCGGCUGCCAGGUCCUCCGGGUGGUUGAGCCCCAAGGCGCUUCAGCGGAUUCGUGCCAGGCGCCAGCUCUUGACGCCCACAUCGCCUGCGAGACGCCCCAGGUUGAGUCACUGCACCUCUUCUGGCCUCGCUUUCGCUGGCUGGCGGCGAUGAUGAUCUUCCAGAGCGUGGCCAGCUUUAUCCUCGCCCACUUCCAACACCUCGUGGAGAGUCAUGCCGACCUGAUCAUCUUCCUGACUAUGCUCGUGGGCUUGGGAGGCAACGCUGGAGGUCAGAGCGUCGUUCUCACAUGCCGAAAGCUGGCGCUGGGUGAGGACGUGGCCAUCAGGAGCCAGCUGGCGAUGGGGCUGCUACUGGGCCUUACCCUGGCGCCGCUGGCCUUCGCGCGCGCCAUGGCUGUGAAAGCAGAGUUCGGCGUUUGCCUGACUCUGGCGGGGGCCACGUUCCUCAUCGCCACCUUGGCGGCCGGGAUGGGCACGGUGCUGCCCAAGUUGCUUCACAAGCUUAAGAUGGAUCCCGGCCAAUCAUCUGCCAUGAUUCAGGUCAUCAUGGACAUCACGGGCAUCAUGAUCACCUGCCUACUGGGUGCCGCCAUCCUCCGCUAG